CAGCACUGCCUCACUUCACGACCGGAAGAAGGCAAGGCUGCAAGACCGUGUCGAAGGGUACGGCAAGGAAAGAAAGAAGCCCAACACUUCAAAAUGCCUGCGCUCUCCGUGACUUGCUCUUCAUCUGGGAAACUUUCUUCUCCUUGCCACCAACUUGAUAGAUGUAACCCAGAGCCUCUUCGUGGCGACCAUGUCCGGGCACAAUAGUCCUCUUUUCCUCCAUUCCUCUCCGCCACCACAUCUGGCUCGAAGUCCCGACGAUGAAGUCCAAAUUCUGGUUCAGAGAGCGCGGGGUGUUGAAGCUCUGGGCUCAGCGUUUGACAGCUUCCUUGUCUCCUACAAUCACGCUUUCUUUGAUGUCUUCGACCGACAGGUUGAACUGAUCAAAUCCCGCUCGCAAGCGUUCGAAGAUGGUCAUGUUACGGUCUUUGACAAGACAUUACUGAUUCUCACCCAUAAUGGAAAUGACCUGGACAACCCAGCUGCUAUCAAGUACUACUGCAGAGAGUAUCUAAACAUCGAUAUCGAUAUCCGUGGUGCUGGCCAGGAAUUGACCCCAAAACUCCAGCAGAGCGUGCAAGUUUCAGGGGCCUUACAAGAGGAACUGUCCUCGGGCAAAAGCAGCACAGUGAAGAAAGAAGCUGGCCAAAAGCGUGCCCGAUUGUUGCCUGUCGAUCCAAACCUACGCAAGGACAUGGAGCCCAGAUUGGCAGUCUUGUGGUCCGUCUACGAAACUGCUCGAGCAGAGUAUCUCGCCGUUGUCGACAAGGACGACAAUGAAAAAGCUGCCAAGAGAGCCAAAUUCCUCCGCGAUACCGCCGAAAACAUCCUCCUGUAUCUCGAGAAUAGGAAUGCCGACCCUUUGAUGAUCGCGGAGCUAGAAGGGACGUUCAGUCACGCGAAGAACACAGCGGUCUGCCUGACCGGCGGCAAGAAGCGCAAAUUCGAUCCGUCAGAAAUGGAGAAGGUCAAGGGAACGCCGCGCGGCCCAAGCCUACCGUACAUGAAAGAGAAAUACCGCAGGAGCGGAGGAAUUGAUGCAGGUGCUUACAACCAACACCAACACCAUCAGCCAGAUAUCUCAAGCGGUCACGCCGGCGAGGUGACGAGCUCUUACGGAUGGGGCGGCGCCGACCUCCCCAGCGGACACGGCCAUCCUCACCGGGCGCAAUACUCUGACACAUAUCCGUACCAAGAUCGCGACUCGCGUCAUCUGGGGUAUACCGUCGCACCGGGCAGAGACCGUCGACGCAGCGACGACAAGGACGAGAAAGAAUAUUACGUCUCAGCCUCUGGGCCACACAACGCCGCCGUUUCGCGCGGCCGCCAGGAUCGCGGCCCCAACGGCUCGCGUACCAGGGACCUAUCAGACGGCCGACUCUCCCCGGUGAGCUCCGACUAUCAGGACGCCCCGGACCGACGCGAGGAGCGUGAGAAGAGUCCCAGCCCCAACUCCCCUCCGAGGUCAGCGUCUCCGACGGGCGACAGCCGCCGUCGGCGCCGCCGCGUGAUGCAAGACCGGAGCCGUCGUCGCUCGAGGUCGCGGGCGCACCAUGAGCCAGGUCACGACCGAGGAUACUCGCGCGCCACCGACGACCGAUGGUACUCGCACGAGCAGGACCGCGAGCUGGACCGGCACAGAGGCGCGGGCGACCGAAGCAGAGCCGGCGCGAGUGGUGGCGGCCGUCCCCGGCACCCCUUGCGCGGCCGUGGGCACUCCUCCGUCCCCUACGGCUACGGCGGCCACAGGUUGUUGGAUUCGUAUGUGCCGAGUCGCGAUCCCGGUCCCAGCCCCGGUCCCGGUCGACGUGGCUCUUGA